AUGUGCCGCUGCAAGGGAUUCUGGGUAAAUAGGAACACACUGGCGGGUCACCGUCUCGGGUCAGUCCCAGUCUCGGUGCUGCCGACCUGUUCUCCGCUCGACUUCCACUGUGAGAACGGGAAGUGCAUCCGGAGGUCGUGGGUUUGUGACGGCGACAACGACUGCGAGGACGACUCCGACGAGCAGGACUGCCGUGAGUGA